GUUCUUUUUGACUGUCUUGUUUGUAUGUCUGCUUCUGGUUCUGCUUGCUUAUUGUUUUGUAUUCGUUAUUUGGUUUUAAGUUGAGUUUGAACAAUGAGUUUUGACAAGUACAAGACACUCAUUGAAGAAGAUGACGUGGUGAUUCUUUACCUAAAUCCAAAUUCAAUGUACGCUAUCAAAGUGAAGACGAACGUUGUGGACAAACUGGGGAAAACUGUGGAUAAUGUGUUUCAAACAACUUAUGGUGCACUAAAAGUGAAGGAUUUGAUCGGAACGGAGUUCGGCUCCAAGGUGACCCUGUCUAAAGGCUGGGCGUAUGUCCUGCAUCCUACUCCUGAGUUGUGGACUCUGACUCUGCCCCACAGGACACAGAUCAUCUACACUCCUGACAUCAGCAUGAUCAUCCUCCAGCUCGAGUUGAGACCUGGCAGUGUCAUCGUGGAGUCAGGAACCGGCAGUGGAUCACUGACCCAUGCUUUGGCACGUAGUGUUCGCCCUACUGGCCAUGUCUACACAUUUGACUUUCACGAGCAACGUGUCAGUGUGGCACAGGAAGAGUUCUCUGCUCAUGGACUGGGAGCAGUGGUUACAUCCCGUCACCGGGAUGUUUGUAAGCAAGGCUUCGGGGAGGAGCUGACAGGGAGAGCCGACGCAGUCUUCCUUGACUUACCUCAUCCGUGGCUGGUUAUAGAACAUGCUAUCAGGACCAUCAAGGAUUCAGGUGGCAGGUUCUGCUCUUUCUCCCCGUGCAUCGAGCAAGUCCAGAAGACCUGCGAGACCCUCCACGCGGAAGGCUUUACCGACAUAGAGACCAUGGAGUGCCUGAGGAGAGAGUACUGCGUGCAGAACCGCUCCUUCCCCCUGGCGCUGACCGACAAGGAUGACUCUGGACCGAAGGUACACACAAUGCCCUGCAUGAUCCUGCCUGCUAACAUGCCAGGACACACAGGAUACCUGACUUGCGCUACCUUGCCGCCAGUGUGGUCCAGGACCCAGCGGCAACCCGCCCAGAACUCCACAAACCCCCCAGGAGAAACUCCUCCACAAUAACGAAAUGCUAAAUAAACAUUUACAAGUUUUUAA